CCACAUGUCGAUCAACAAAUAUGAUACGGCUUCUGGUACCAUGGCGAGAGACACAGCAGUUCGAUGCAGGACAACUAUGCGUCCAGCUUGCAAUUAGAAUCCUCAGCCAAACAUGUAGUGCAACUGGAUGUGAAAGAAAUUGGAGUGUAUUUCAACACAUCCAUAGUAAGAAGAGGAAUAGGCUGGAACAUAAAAGGUUGAAUGACCUUGUUUAUGUUCGUUAUAAUAUGAAGUUGAGACAAAGGCAACUAGAAACAACAUCUACGAGGAAGCAUCACACUCAAUAUGAUCCUAUCUUCAUUGACCAUUCUGAUAUAUUAGAUUCUUGGGUUGAAGAAAAACCAUCUGCAAUACUUGAUGAGGACGAUCUUGAUUUUUUGAACGUUGAAGGAACAACAGAGAUUAUUGAAGAAGGAGAGGCUGGGGGGGGGGUGCAAUGGAAUCUUGGUGACAUUUCAUUUGCAACAGAGGGGAUAGAAGAAGCACUUAAUGAAGAAAAUGAAGAUGAUGAUGCAGAUGACGAUUGA